AUGGCAAAGGGCUUAUUGUUUGCCCUUGUCCGUAAAGGAUCAAAAUUGAAUUACCUAGACGAUGGAAAUAAUGUGCAAUGUGACAAACGAAAGAGAAAACAGAGCAACGAGAACUGCAAGGCUCACUCGAAAGUUAAUGGCCAAGGAGAAGUGAUUAAAAAUGGCUAUCAUGGCGCUCGGAAGUCUUCGGAUCAAUUCGAAACUUCAUCAGAAAAGUCGGACAGUAAACGUAGAGGAAGAAAGUUGUUUGAUUUGACUUUACAAAAGCUUUCCAAAGGGUGUAAGAGUUCACCUGUUUGUGUAAACAAUGGCACUAUAUCACCUCAAGGUACCGGUAAACAGAGAGAUACACCAAAACCAGGUCAUCCAGGCAAAGCUAUGGUGGUGCCAAGUGUGGCGAGCGGUUAUUUUGUACACGAAACUUCAAACAACAACCGCAAAGAAGCGACCUUAAAGAUGCAAGAAAAUGAGUUGCUUAUUCCACGAAUUGCGGUAACAGAUCAUAAUGUGGGUUAUUUUACCCCAAGCGGCAAAACUGUUGAAACGAAUCGUCCGUGUAUUCAUUACUCGCGCUACAGUUCUCUUCCACAGUUGCGUGUAGAUGAACGGCGAAAAAGACCCGCAUGGACUAAAGAUGAAUCCAGUUCACAAUUCAGUGGUUUUACAAACCAAAGAGCCUCGGUUGAACCACAAAUAAGCAAGGUAGAAGCAGAACCCAGCGGACUUUUCAUCGAAGCUAUCCCGAUUUCAGCGUCACCCUCUACGUCGCGAAAAAAUCAAGGAUCUGCAAACUCACUACGAUCACAGUGUAGCCAGACAAAUAGAUCAGAUAUUACCAGUGUUAGCUUCUUGGAUCGAUGCUGGAAAGGUGACAGUUCUUUUGACACGAAGAAUUGCUUAAUUAAGAGAGCCAGCUCAUGGAGUCGAGGAGAUGAGAAAAGUUUGGGUCUUACUGAUGAGAGGCAAAAUUCACGUAAAAUCAACAUUUUUCUUCCAACACUUUAG